GCAGGGGCGGCUCAAUUCUCAGUCGCGCUACAGACGCUAUGCGGACCACUCGUUUGCCGAUAUCCUUACAUGUAACAGUGUUGUAAUAUUGUUGUUUGCCUGCUACAGCGCAACGACAACAAUAUAAUAUUAUUGGUACAGGUGGCGUAUCGUACACAGCACCGUUGUCGAAAAUAUUGUGACAGUAUAUUAUAUAAUACCUAUAUCGUCUGUGCUGCAGCUGCGGCAUGCAGUACUCGCAGCGACGGUGGUGCACCGCCGCGGUCCCGGUGCUAGUGCUGUCCGCACUGGUGCUGUUGGCGCACGGCGCCACUAUCAAGUUCGACCAGAGCCAGACAGGCGACUACAAUCUGCAGAUACAUCUGAAGAACAUCGAAUUGUACGCGGUGUUUGACGACUCAGGCGGUAACGACGACGAAUAUGAAGACUUACCUGACUACACGGACACACUUGAAGGUCCGACCAAACCACCGCAGAACGCAUCCACUACUUAUGCUCCCACAUCGAGCACUGCGGCAACUGCAGCGGCGGUCGUAAGUACGAGUUCACCUGCACUGGCGUUGUUGGACCCUUAUUCACAGUCCAAUAGUGAUAAGAUUGUUCAGAUGGUCGAGGCGUUGAUCGCUAGCAAUGGAAACACUUCCGACUUACCUACCGAACAGCCGCUAUUGUCACCAACCGCCGUCACGACAUCAUCAUCGCCACUGGCGUCCGGUCAGUCUCCAUCAGCCGUCGCCACAGCUUCCGCUGCUGCGUCUGCGACCGCGACUGUGACAAACAGCACGGUAAACCGAAAGUGUGGACCUGGAUAUUUCAGGGACCCGAUGGGUCGGUGUCGGCGCAUCCGAAAACCACAUUUACCAUUUUUACAAAUGGUUCAUACUCCAGGAGUGAUUAAGUCAUUCCAACCACAGCAAAGGACCACCGAAGAUGUCAGUGUGAUGAAAAAUUAAUAAAAAAACAUACAGACUACAUUAAUUUAGUUUCAAUACGCUGAUAGGCUGCUAUAAACGAAUUAUGUAUUAAUAUUUAUUGUUUAUUUUUAAUCAUACCUACUUAUACCUAAGAGUUUACAUUUAUUAUUAUAUUUAAUGGCAUGUAAUAUAUAGAAUUUAUAAAAAAAAAUUAUGUUAUAUACAUUAUAUUUUUUGAAGUUUAACAUCCAACAUCCAACCUUAUUCAUUUAAUGUUUUCCAAAAAAUAAAUGCUAAAAGAGAUGAAAGUUACAUAAUAUGUAAUGUUUUAGAUGUAUUAGUCAUAUUUAAACAGUUACCCAUAUAAGAUUUGAAAACAGAAUCACACUAUUUAUGAAUAAUUACAUUUUUACAACUAAUAAUUAUUUCCAUUUAUUUCAAAACUUAUCUGAUAUCAACAUUACUAAGAACAUAUUAAUAUUAUACAAAUAUAUAUUAUAUUACCAUUUAAA